AUGACUCCUGCAAAUAAGCCUCCCGUCUAUGUCUUGGGCGUGGGCAUGACCGAGUUCAUCAAGCCCCGAGGCCUACGUGAUUAUCCCGAGAUGGGAUAUGAAGCUGGCAUUAAAGCCAUGUUGGAUGCACAGGUCAACUACGAUGAAGUGGAAACUGGAGUUGCAUGUUUUGUCAACGGCGACUCUGCCUCUGGUCAGCGCGUCUUUUACCAGUUCGGCAUGUCCUCCAUUCCCAUCUACAACCAGACAAACGCCUGUGCCACGGGGUCCGCGGGCCUGAAUCUUGCCCGAUGUCUCAUUCAGGGCGGCAACAUUGACUGUGCUCUCGUCAUUGGCUUCGAAAAGAUGAAGCCAGGCAGCAUCAAGAGUGUUUGGGACGACCGAGCCCCAGCCGUCGAACUGAGUCUCAAGAUGAUGAAGGACAUGCGCGGGGCUGAGCAAAUGUCGCCAAACCCUCAAUGGUUUGGCAAUGCUGGCCGCGAGUACAUGGAAAAAUACGGCGCAAAGGUUGAAGACUUUGCCGAAAUCGCUCGUAUCAGCCACGAACACUCACAGCGCAAUCCAUACGCUCAAUUCCGCAAGGAAUAUACCCUUCAGGAGAUUCUCGAUGCGCCAAUGAUCUACGCACCGCUCACAAAACUACAGUGUAGCCCGACCUCGGAUGGAGCCGGAGCCGCUGUUGUAGUUUCCCAAAAGUUUCUAGACGCACGGCCACACUUGAAGAGUCAGGCCAUCCUCAUUGCUGGCCAGCAAAUGUGCACGGAUACGCCCAAGCUAUACUCCCGUAGCGACAUUGAGCUCUGCGGCUACGAUAUGACCAAGGCAGCGGCGUCCAUGGCAAUGAAGGAGGCAGGCGUGACACCACAAGACAUCAAAGUGUGCGAGCUCCACGAUUGCUUCUCUGCGAAUGAAAUGAUCUUACUGGAAUCUCUGGGGUUCAGCCCAGUUGGUAAAGCACACGAGAUGGUUCGCCGCGGCGACAUCACCUACGGCGGUAAGAUGGUCAUCAACCCAUCCGGCGGGCUCAUUUCAAAGGGUCAUCCCCUAGGUGCAACAGGCCUUGCGCAAUGCGCCGAGCUUACUUGGCAACUUCGAGGCUGGGCCAACAACCGCUUAGUCAAGACCGACGUUGCCCUACAGCAUAAUCUUGGACUUGGUGGCGUUGUAGUUGUCACGGUGUAUAAAAGGGCUGAUGGAAAGGCAAAUGAUAAGCUCAGUAACGAGGAAAUUGCUAAGAAGAGUUGGUUGGGCUAUAAUCCAGCCGUCGAGGCUCGCGCCUUUAGCGAGGCAGACGCGUCCAGAGUGCGCAGCAAAAAGUACAGAAGCGAGUAUGCACUGGCCGAUAGCCAAAAGAGAGUAGAGGCUCGUUUGUAG